UCUUCGGGGUUAUUCGGCAGUCUGCCUCCAUUUUGAACAGAUCACCAGUUUCCGGGUUUCUGAGAACUGGAGUCGGAGCAUAGACUGAGGAGCCACGAAGUUCGCGAGACGUAGUGGCAAGUAGCCCUAAACUUUACGCUGUCCCAGAUUUGUCCUUCACUUCGGCCUGUUACUGCACCGAUUCCAUCCUCUACUAUUUAUCACCAUGACGUUGUGGCCCAGGUGUCUGUGAGCGGCUGGCGAGAUUGCGAGCGCAGACGUUGGGAGCCUCUGACCUGACCUGACCUGACCUGAACGCUGCCUAGUGAGGGCACAGGGACGGCAGGAUGCCCAUCCCUCCGCCACCCCCCCCCCCUCCUGGACCCCCUCCACCCCCCACCUUCAACCAGGCAAACACGACGGCCCCCAAGCUCAGCAGAGACGAAGCCAAAGGCAGAGGGGCGCUUUUAAGUGACAUCCACAAAGGGGCCAGACUCAAGAAGGUGGCUGCUAUCAAUGACAGAAGUGCCCCCAUCAUCGAGAAAUCAGGAGGAGGUGGAUCCUCAGGAGGUGGAGGUGGUGGAGGUGGCGGUGGCGGCGGUAGCUUUGGCGGAGGACCGAUGCCCAUGGGAGGCCUGUUUGCCGGAGGUGUGCCCAAGCUUCGGCCAGUUGGAGAUGGUACUGUGGGCAGAUCCGCCCUCCGGCCCCCUGGCUCACGACCCUCUGCUCCUCGCCCACCCGGCCGGGCGGCGUCCCCCGCAGGUCGCCACGUCGACAGCGACCGCUCCUCGCCCCCGCCCCAGCCUCGCUCCCAACGCCCCUCUCUUCCUGACAUCUCCCGGCCCUCGAGCGGCGUCAGCUCCCUCUCUUCGUCCUCUUCCUCAUCCUCCGUGGGAGGGAUGAAGCACAGUGCGUCCGCCCCUCCUCCCCCGCCGCCCAUCGGUCGGCGCGGAAACCACGCACCCAAUCCCUCGCCUGGCCCGAAGCCUCCCAGCAGCUCCUCCCACAGCCGGGACAAGCCCCUCCCACCGCCACCGCACCACUCCUCCGGCCACUCCCGGAACCCUCCCAUCUCGCGCUCCUCCUCCUCCUCGUCUUCCUCCACCGUCGCCUCCACCCCUCCACCGCCCCCGCCGCCGUACCGGAACCCCCCGUCGGUCUCCAACGGCGACCCGGCCCCGGAGCUCCCACAGCGGAGGAACUCGCUGCACAACCGCAGCCACGGCGGCCACAACCGAACCCAGGCGCCGGCGCCCCCGCCCCCACCGCCAUCCAGCCAGGGGGGGCGCCCGCCGCCACCUGCUCGGGACCCACCCGGACGGAGAUCAGCUCCUCAGCUUCCACCAUCCAGCUCCCGAAACGGCAACCGAGACGCGCCCCCUCCACCGCCCCCUUACCGGAUGCACAGCGGCACCUCCGAGACCCCCGCGCGGGCGAAGGCUGCCCCACCCCUCUCCUCUCGGACCCCGGCCCAAGCCCCACCCCUCUCCUCUCGGACCCCGGCCCAAGCCCCGCCCCUCUCAUCUCGGACCCCAGCCCAAGCCCCACCUCCGCCUCCACCCCUCCGAAAUGGCAACUCCCACUCCAGGAGCAGCAGCGCUGCAGAUGACUUUGAAUCCAAGUUCAAUUUCCAUUCCAUUGAAGACCUCCCGCCUCCUGAGGAGUAUGUGCACUUUCCCAAGGUGUAUCCAAGCAAAGCCAACAAAGGUAUGACCAGGGGAGCCCCCCCAGCACCUCCAAUUAUGAGGUGAACAACGUCAGACUCUGGAUGAGGAUUCUAGGAGAUCAACCAAUGCACCGCUCCCUCAGUCUUUAAAGGAGGCGUAAUCGCUCUCUUGAGUCAAUCCGACUCUCUCUCUCUCUCUCUCUCUCCUCCACUUCCUACCUCUCGUCACUGUUCUUUUCUUUCUCUAUGCAGAAAACCCUCUUGACCACCAGCUAGAGCCAAGACAAUCAUUUUCUGACCCUGUUUUUGACUCGGCUUUGAAAAAAAAAAAGACACAACAACUGUGCACUUGUACUGCACCAACUGCACACUACAGAUCACUUGAAGAUAAAAAAACCACACAGGUUUCACCUUGCUUAGGCCAACAGUGCUGGCCUCCUCCACCAUGGAAAUCAUACUAGGCCACAGUGUAGCUGCAAUAGACAGGCCUCCAUCAGCUUGUCGUCUUGGCCAUGAAAACAUAGCUAUUUAUGAUUUGAAGCACUUAUCAGCUAGAUCUUCAUGUGCUUCCCAAGAAAGAAAAUGUCUGAUGCUCCUAGGGAUCUUGGAGAUGGAAAAUGUGGAACCUAAUCCUAAUCUGAUGAUUCCUUUUUUUUGUUUUCUGUUUUUGGUUGUUUUGUUUUAUUGGACCAUCAUCUUCGUGGCGGUUCUCACUGUGGGACAAUCAUUCCUUUUUGCAAACAAAGAUCACAAGUUGCCUUUCGAGUUCUUUGUCAAUAUUUGAUGAUGAUGACGACAACGACGAUGUCAUUUCCUCUUCCCUGUCAUUGUUGACACACAUGACACUAUGACACCACGGUUAGACCUUUGACACAGCAGUGCUGUGGGUCCUGUCGUUUACCUCACUCCCUCCCCCCACUGCACAGCUAGGGUUAUAUAGUGGAGUGGUGGCACGCACGCCAAAAACUCGUUUCGAUGAUGGACAUUUGUCGCUUGUUGUAUAGAGGGAUUCAGUUUGUGUCUGUUGUGUGCUUGGGUUCUAGCUCAGGCUUGGUUCCUUGAGUUGUUUGUCAAGAAAUAUUUGCACAAUGUUAAAAUGUGUACAAAUUAGAAAUGACACCCUCUUUUUUUGACUGCAUUUAGUUGACUUUAUAUUCAUGAUCCACUUGAGUAGGUAAACACUAUAUAAUAUUCAUUAUCACUUUGGUGGAAUAAACUGACAAUGAAUAACUGACAUUGAAAUCUAAGAUUAAACAUACCAUAGGCUACUCUUAGUGUCAGAGUUCACACUUUAAGGGCUGGUGUGCUCAAAUCUGUAAUAUAGUGUCAAUAUUUGGAUUUCUACUAUGACACAAUUGAUAAACCUUGAAUGACUAUGCUAUACAGUGAUGCAAACAUGGGGUAAUGCACUUGUGAUGGAGAUGCGAAACACUUAAGCAGUGACCAAUUUAAAUUCCAUUUUCUGUAAUUAUUCUAAACAUUUCUGUCACAGAGUUGGUCCUUCCAGGGGUGAACUGAUAUUGUUUACGAAUAUGAGGCUGAACACUAUAGGGACAAAGCUGUAUGUUCUCCUUGAUAAGCCUUAACACUACAUUGCUGCUUUUUAUGGCAUUGACAUUCCCAAGAUACAGUGAAUUAAUUAAUUCACAUUCCCAGGCCCAACUUGCCAAGCAGAUGCCCUAAUUUAAUGUGAAUUAGCCAGGGAUGUGGGUGGCAGUCCAUGCUUUCUGUACAGCCUUCACCCACUAGGGGGCAUUGUUGUCCUUAGCUCCCAGUCACUCCUUGUGAGCAUAAAAGAUGUGACUGCAAAAUCACUAUGUGACUACUCUCUGAUUGUUAUAGACACAACAAGCACAGCUUUAGAUUCCAAAAAUUAUUCCUCUUUCAUGUAAAUCAGUGGGUAGCCAUGUAAAGAAAUGUACCAUUGUUCAGGUUUUUCAGAUACCCCGUUUUGAUUUUUGAGAUUUGUGUUAAAUCAUUAUAAGGGGCAUUGGUUCUCCCUUUGAUAUGGGGGAAAAUAAGGGAUCUAUUAGCUUGCAAACAGUGUUUUUUAUUAUUAUUUUUUUCUUUUCCUUUGCCAAUGAAACCAUUUACCAAUUUGCCAGGUGAUUGUUGACCAAUUGUAACCUUUAAACAUGCCAUGCCAGUCUCCAUGAAAUGUUUGCCAUCGUAAACCUCCCUUUGUGCUGUACAUGUCAUCCCAAUGAUAUACUCAGACCCAUAAGACCUGUUCAGUGUGUAGGUUUAUGUGGUCACAGCAGCCCUCGUAGGCUUAUUGUUGCCUUAAAUUUGUCUGAAGUUAUCUCGGUACACAUGUGUUUUGCUACAUAUAUUCAGCAACAUUAAUAGUAGUAGUAAUAAUAAUGAACAUUUUGACAGCAGAAAAAUAAAAGUUCAAGAAAUAAACAGUAAUAUGUACAACAUAUGCAAAAAUGCUUAUCUUAGCCAAUAUUUUGUUUUUAAUAAUGUAAAGUCUUGUAAUAUAGCCUAGCUCUUGAGAGUAUUGAACGAGAUCACAGGAGUUUGGGGUAAUGUGAGAAACCGUUGUCACUCAUUAAGUGAUGUUGAUGCAAACAUAUCAGCGCUGAAUGUCUUGAGGGCAAGAGUUCUUCCUUUCCUCUGAAAUGUUCACCAGUUUUUGUUUGGUGUUUGUCAGCCAUGCUUAUCCUAGCUUUACACUCAUCAUAUCUAUCAAUGUUUUAUCAUUUGAAAUAAAAUACAUGAUUUUGGGGGAA